AUGGCCGAGCCAACUCGUGUGCAUCCCUUAGAGGACGAUUUCCCGUUCGAGAUUGUCUCCCAUCUUGUCCCUGUUGUUUCAUUUCGCGAAUAUCCCCGUGCAAUAAUUGACGAGCAAAAUGGCGUUCGCCUAGCGGUCAAGCAAUACAUUCCCCGACACGAUAAAACACCAAAGAGCAAGACAGAGCCCAUUACCAUCAUCGCUGCGGGAGGUCUUGGCUUCUUCAAAGAGCUCUAUGAGCCAUUUUUCGCCGAGUUCCUUCACAGAGCCCACCGCUCCGGUGUGAACAUCCGAUCAAUAUGGAUGGCGGACAUGUUCAACGUGGGGGAGAGUGCCGUAGCCAACAAAGACAACUUAGGCUGCGAUCCAGCAUGGAUCGACCAUUCUCGUGACCUGUGGAGUAUGAUCAACCACUUUCGGGCAGAGAUGCCCAAACCCAUCAUUGGCCUGGGUCACUCAAUGGGUUGUAAUCAAAUUGUCUGUCUCUCCUCUUGGCAUCCUACGCUAUUCCAUUCUUUGGUCUUUAUUGAGCCCGGUAUCGAUCCUCAGUAUGGAAGGGCAAUUGCCGCCCCGUGGAGAUUCCAUACUCUGAGACUCCAAGAAUCCUGGUCGAACCGAGAAGAAGCUGAGGCCCGAUUAGUGAAGUUUCACAAGGCCCAUUCCUGGGAUGAGAAAACAUUGGCCAGAUUGAAGCAUUAUGGCAUACUUAGAGCGGAAGAGAACAAAAGUGAUACGUGGAAUUUUGCUACAUCAAAACAUCAAAUUGUUUCAUUGCUCGGUCGACACAAUCCCAAAAAUAUCGGUCUUGGUCCAGGCGGAGUUAGUGAAAUGACGCUGGAGGAGCGCGAGUCGAUUCCUGACAGCGAUCCGGACUCGUGGAAUGAAGAUACCUUCUACAAACCCGAGCUGAAAUUGGCUUGGGAAUACUUGCCAAGUGUCCGACCAUGGGUACUUUAUGUCAAUGGAGGGGAUUCUCCUGUUUUUGGCUGCCCACUGACUCGAGAUGAACGGGCAAGACGAACAGGGACUGGGGUGGGAGGCAAUGGUGGAUUGAAACUGGGGGCUGUCAGGCAAGUAAUCAUUGAUGGCGCAGGCCAUAGCAUGGUUUUCGAUGGUGAUAUAUGUAUAGUUGCAGAACAUGUGGUGGAGUGGCUAACAAAAGAGUGCGAGCGGUGGACUGAUGUAUAUAAAAGACGGUUGAAGGAUUGGCAAAAAGAAGGAUAG